AUCCAUAACAGAAACAAAAGCGACUCAAGAAACUUCACCAAAACCAUAAUCGAUCAUCGCAGCAAGAAAGUUUGUAUAAUCAAAUUAAAUAAAUCAACAUGUCACUCUUAAAUCAACUCUUCAACAGAGGCGUUUUUGCGGCUAAAUGCAAAACAUGCUUGACAUUGUCGAUUUCGCGCAUGAAAUUGCUGCAAAACAAGAGAGAUUUGCAAGUCAAACAUAUGCGCAAGGAAAUAGCUCAGUUUUUGCAGGCUGGUCAAGAAGCGAUUGCUCGAAUUCGGGUGGAGCAUGUGAUUCGAGAACAAAAUAUAUGGGCUGCUUAUGAGAUAUUGGAGCUAUUCUGCGAGUUUGUUCUUGCACGUGUUCCCAUUCUUGAAAGUCAGAAGGAAUGUCCAUUUGAAUUGCGAGAGGCUGUUGCAAGCAUAAUAUUUUCUGCUCCAAGAUGUUCAGAAGUGCCUGAUUUAUUGCAUAUUAAGAACUUGUUUGCUACAAAGUAUGGCAAGGAAUUUGUCAUUGCUGCUUCUGAGCUUCGCCCUGACUCUGGUGUCAACCGUUCAAUCAUUGAAAAGCUUUCAGUUAAUGCUCCAUCUGGAGAGGCAAGGCUUAAAGUUCUGAAGGAAAUUGCACGAGAAUAUAACUUGGAGUGGAAUUCUUCUAAUACAGAAGCCGAGCUUCUUAAGAAACAUGAAGAUCUGCUGGCUGGACCAAAGCAAAUUGUAGCUGAACUUCCACGUCCCCAAGCUCCCACGAAACAGAGUUCCCUUAAAGUUUCAUCUCCCAAUGGGGCGAAUCCUAUUACUGAUACAUAUAGCACACAAGGAUCUGGCUCUCAUUACCUUCAGGCUCCUAUACACGUAAGUCAACUGACCUCAUUGGAUACUACUGAAAAAGAACCAUCAGUCCGGCAUCAAAAUACUGGAUCAGUUAAUGAAAGGGGCAUAACAUCACCAUCCUCUGAUGUAAUGGAGAAAGCUCGAGCUGCAAUUGCCUUGGCAGAGCGUGCAACUGCAGCAGCCCGUGCUGCUGCUGAGCUAGUAAAUGUUAAAUUUGACUCAUUGAAACUAGAUGAAGCAAGGACAUUGUAGUGCUUCAUAAUGAUCUUUAACUGCAGUUCUUAUGCUUAAUCUGCAGCUACUCAAGAUCACAGAAGAAAAAUGUACAUUGCAAUUACUUUGUCCUAUACUUGCUAUCGAUUGAACCUGGUAAGCUGAGCGUGUAUCUAUCUUCUCUCGCGGUGAAAGGGGUCGAAAUUUAUUUUA